AUGACGGCUUUCCCUUGCGACUUCAUUAAAGUAAAGCAGGUCACACCUGCCUACUGGCGGGCAACUUUUUCAGAUCCACCAUUGAACUUGAUGAAUGACCGCUUCUUUUGCGACCUGGCAAAGCUCCUUGACGCUAUUGAAGCCUCGCGAGAUCUCAAGGUUGUUGUCUUUGAUUCAUCUGUCUCUGACUUCUGGAUCGCACAUUACGAUGCUCUUGGGUCUAGGUAUCCAUGGGCGGAGGACGGUUGGUGGUGGAAGAGCCUCCUUCGUCUCGUCCACGCUCCCGUACUCACGGUUGCUUCCAUACGCGGCCGAGCUCGAGGCGGAGGUAGCGAGCUUGCCCUUGCUCUCGAUGUUCGAUUCGGUAGCCGUGAGCACGCCAUUAUUUCGCAGUUCGAAAUUACGACGGGCACGUUGCCAGCUGGAGGUGCAUUAGAGUGGCUUCCGACUCAAAUUGGGAGAUCUCGAGCCCUGGAGGUAGCAAUAGGGGGGCAAGACUUUCCCGCGGAACUGGCAGAACGAUACGGGCUUCUGAAUCGCGCCGUGCCAGAUAGCGAGUUUGAUAACUUCGUCGAUGCCUUUGCUCGAAGAGUGGCUUUGUUUGAUAAGGCCUCUAUCACCGCGAUCAAGAAGUUGGUUAACAAACGGUCAGGACUAAGGACAGCAGAAGACUAGCUCGAGAGUUUCAACGCAUUUACGGAGCGUCUUGCGGACCCUGCUGUCAGGGAACACGUACAGAAGGCUUCCGUGCUUGGGUUUUCGCGUGAUGUAGACUUCGAGCUCAACCUACCGGACAAUUUGACUCGAGUUUAUGAGCAGUAAAGCCUUGGUUAGGCAGUCCAUAGCCGUACCAUAAUUCAUCAUCAGAGAAAUCGAU